UUCGCUUAAAAGCAUUCAUGUCCCAGCUCACAGAUUGAUAAAAGGAUACAACCAGUCUUCCUUUCCGAUAUGUUAAAGGAUUUAUCCAAUGCUGGGAACAAUACACUUCUUUACAAUAUCACUCGGACGGUAUCAGGCAAGCAGCUCAACGGUUUCAAGCAUGUUGAGGGGACAGUUACUAGCAGUUUUCAUGUACACAGCCUGUCUCACAGGCCUUAGUGAGCAAGCUAUUUUGACUUGUGAGGGAGGUGAUCAAUUUAUGAAGGACGAUGUCAGAGUCGUUGAUGGUUACCAAAGAUCUGGAGCAGGAGAUUUGAUCUUCCUUGGAAGUAAUCAGACGUUGACAAUAAUUGACGGGGACAAUGUCAAUACUGGGUAUUUGGGGGUAUGUUAUAGUACAGGUUACACGGGUUGCUACAAAGCACAUUCUGAUGUGGAGGAUUGUGAUAACUAUAUUAGAGGAGUGACUACGCUUGGCCAAACCUGCAAUAGUAGAAGUUGCAGGGUUUUAGCAUGUGGAACCAAUGCUGAACUUCCACGGUGUGCAUUCUGCGAUUAUGAUGGUUCAAUGCUGAACUGCUCGUUUAUCGAAAAUGACCCACCUCAGGACCUACCUUACGAUAAUACUACUACUACUAAUUACACUGGAUGCACUUCAGACAAUAUUGACGGAGGAGAGGUGUUCCAAUAUCGGAAGAAUGACAAUGCAACAUUCCUUUUUCAUGAAGGAAUAAUAUACUAUGGACUUACGAUAAAAUGUCACAUUCCAAAAUCCAUCGUUGGUUUGGCAUCAGUCACCUCCGACGGAGUAAUAACCGGAAAAGUUAUCACAAUGACCGAUUUGGAGAAAAUGGUUGCUAAUGAGGCACACUUUGUAGGAACACCUUUUGUCAGUGGCGACUUCGUCUACUUCCUCUUCCGUGAGUCAUCACAGGAGUUUGCUAGCUUAAGUGCAGGCCAAGAUCCGAGCAUAAACACCUACUACAGCCGAAUCGCUAGGAUUUGCAAGCAUGAGGACUUCGCCCUCAGUGAGGAUGGUAGAAUGAUCCAUGCUAUUUUCACCAAAGGACAGUAA